AUGAAAAUUAACGCGAUGUCUCCGGAGCUCGCUUUUCCUGUCUUCUUCCUCAUUUUUCUGGGUGGGAAUGUGGUCCAAGGGAAGAUCGACGAGCCGCAAAUUCGUCGGAGAAACUCCAACGAAACGGUAGAAAUUUUCGUCGGGACGGCCGAAGCUCUUGAGAUCAUCGGCGACGAAACUCGAACGGGGGAAGAAACGAUCCUGGUCAGGGUUUCGCCUGCCGUCGUGCCGAAACCUCCACCUCCUUUGCCAGGUCUUUUGUAUCCUCGCGAAAGCGAGUCUCGAGAGGUGAAAACCCUCGACGGGCUCUGGGACUUUGUUGUUUCUCCGUCUGGCGACUCCUUCAAGGGUCAUCGAGAGUUUUGGUACCAGGAAGCUCUGUCGAAGUCGCCGGAAGUGAUGCAAAUGCCGGUCCCUUCGUCGUACAACGAUGUGACGACUUCUCGAGCCCUCCGGGAUCACGUCGGCAUCGUUUGGUACGAGAGAACUUUCUUCGUACCACCUUCGUGGGCGGAUCAACGAGUUUUCCUGUACUUUGGCUCCGUAAAUUAUCUCGCUCAAGUGUGGUUAAACGGCCAAUUCUUGACCAGCCACCAAAUCGGGCAUUUACCUUUUGAAGCUGAGGUCACAUCGCGACUGAUUUACGGGACGAAGAACCGUGUCACAGUCGCUGUCGACAAUAGAUUGACGUGGACGAGCAUUCCGCAGGGUAAUAUCGUCAAGAAUUUAAACGACAAUGGCACGACUUCGCUUCUCCAGACUUAUACAUUCGACUUUUUCAAUUAUGCCGGGAUCCACAGGCCCGUACUGCUGUACACAAAGCCUCGGGUUUACGUCGAGGACAUCACGGUGAAAACGUCCGUAUUCGAAAACGUCGGAGUCAUUGAAUACUCGGUCCGCGUGGGUGGUGCGAAAGAAAAUGAAACGGCGAGUUGUUCGGUAGUUUUGAGAAGAAACGACGAUCGUCCAGUUGUUGAAGAAAAGAAUAGAAACUUGACGGGUGUCAUCAGAGUGCCGGACGCGAAAUUGUGGUGGCCGAGAGGCAUGCACCCGGAGCCUGCUCAUCUUUACACUCUCGAGGUUUCCGUGACAGGCUCGAACUCCUCGAUCCACGAUAUUUACAGGCUUCCGAUCGGGAUCAGGUCCCUCCAUUGGACCAACACGAGCGUUCUGAUCAAUGGUAAACCAAUUUAUCUGCGAGGCUUCGGGCGCCACGAGGACUCUCCUAUUAGAGGCAGAGGCCUCGAUCUCGUGACGAUGACACGGGACUACGAGCUCCUCAAGUGGGUCGGUGCGAAUUCUUACCGGACAAGUCACUAUCCGUACAGCGACGAAGUUCUCGAGAUGGCCGACAGGCAAGGAAUUCUCAUCGUUGACGAAUGUCCGGCUGUGGACAUCGAGAAUUAUUCAUCAGAGCUUUUGACUCGCCAUGAAACUGCUCUUUCAGAGUUAAUAAGAAGAGACAAAAAUCGACCGUCCGUUAUAAUGUGGUCGAUCGCCAACGAACCUCGAUCUCAGCUUACCGGCACUGAAGAAUAUUUCGGAAGCGUCGCGUCCCACACUCGAAAUCUUGAUCCCACGAGACCGAUCACUGCAGCGUUGAGUCGUGGCGCUUACGAAGACAAAGCUGGCCAAUUCCUCGACGUCAUCGGUUUUAAUCGCUAUAAUUCUUGGUACAGUAACACUGGGUGCCUCGACAUGAUCAUUACAAAUCUCGUUAACGAAGCCACCACGUGGAACAAAAGACACAACAAACCUGUUAUUAUGUUCGAAUAUGGGGCUGAUACCGUCGCUGGAAUGCACGAGCUCCCUUCGUACGUUUGGAGCGAAGACUAUCAAGCGGAGAUGUUCUCCAGACAUUUCAUGGCUUUCGAUCGUUUGAGACAAGCAGGAUUCUUCAUCGGAGAGUUCAUAUGGAAUUUUGCAGAUUUUCGCACCGCUCAAACUUACACUCGAGCAGGGGGCAACAAAAAAGGCAUUUUCACUAGGACACGGGAACCAAAAAUGGCUGCUUAUUACGUGAGAAAACGCUAUUCACUUCUCGGUGCCAAACUCGACGGAUCCCCAAUUCCGGAUGACCUCGAAUUUUAUGUGAUGGGUGACAGUGGCCCGGUCCACGAAGAGUUGUAAAAAGUUAAUAGAAAAAUCCGAAAACUGUCAUA